AUGUCUCUUUCAAAGGUCACUCAAUUGCUCUUUUGCCUAGCGUUUAAUUUAGGCACCACGACGUCAACGAAUAAUACAGAUUCAUGUGGAAGAAGUCAACUUUAUCCACCAGGAAAUCUCACAAGUCCUCGUUUUCCUUUUUUAUACCCUAACAACAUGGAUUGCAAUUGGACUGUUUCCAGCACCAGUGGAAGGAAUAUUUUACUGCAGUUUUCGUUUUUCUUGCUGGAAAGUCAUUCUAGUUGCUAUUUUGACUAUUUGGACGUUUAUGAUGGAGAAUCAGCGACUGCGACGAAACUGGGCAGAUUCUGUGGAAAUCAAUUACCAAGAAGCCUGGUAUCAUCUGGACUCAAACUCUUCAUCGUGUUUCACUCGGAUUUUCUUGUUUCAGCACCGGGAUUUGUUCUGAACUAUUCAACCCCAUUAGAUGUAAAUGAAUGUUACCUUGGAACUCACAACUGCAGUAUUGGGGCAUCAUGUGUGAAUACCGAUGAAUCGUUUUACUGCAUUUGUAAAAGCGGUUAUACGGGAAAUGGCGUGACCUGUACAGAUAUCAAUGAAUGUGAACUUGAAAUUGAUAACUGUCAUUCUCAAGCAUCAUGUCGCAAUACCAAUGGGACGUUCGACUGUUCUUGCAACUUUGGCUUCAGCGGAGAUGGAAUAGCAUGUAGAGAAGUAGAAACCUGCAACAAAACGAUUGAUCUUGGAUUUUUGUUGGACAGCUCUUGGCGUACCACUGGAAGUAAUUUUACGAAAAUGAAAUCUUUCGUCAAAGAUCUUACGGAUCGCUUUAAUGUGACACAAAAUGGGACGAGAGUUUCAGUGAUUUCAUAUGCGUCACAGAUAACAUUUGAUAUUCCAUUUUCCCGAGUGUUUGAGACCAGAAGAGAUCUUCAUUCAGCAAUAGACAGCGUUUCGUACGCCGGCGGAUUUAGCACUUACACAGCUUUUGCAUUGCAAGUAGCGUACUAUCAUAUGUUUCAUGCAGCAAAUGGUGCCCGAAUUUCAGGUGCAAAGCAAAUUUUGAUAGUACUAACUGCCAGCCAAAGUGUCGGAAAUGUUUACCAGCCAUCACAGCAACUCAAAAACAUUGGAGUCAUCAUAUUCUCUGUUGGAGUUGGUUCAGAAGUUCAUGUAUCCGAACUGGAAACAAUGGCUUCCGCUCCUGCAGAAGAUCAUGUUUUCCUGCUGGGCAACUUUAGUCAACUUUCGAAUUUGACACAAAAAAUGGCAUCGUCGACGUGCAAUGCGACUUACAGACCACCGUUUACGACACCAACGCCAGACAUAUGCGGAGAAAGUCAUCUAUAUCCUCCUGGUUCACUCCAGAAUCCAUCCUUCGUCCCCCAAUACCCGUACAACAUGCACUGCAAUUGGACUGUCACUAGCACAAAUGGGAGAAAUAUUCAAUUGCAAUCUUCAUUCUUCAGGCUGCCAUAUUCCUCUGGUUGUCUUCUGGAUUAUUUGGACGUGUAUGAUGGCGAUUCAGAAAGUGCGCCAAGAUUAGGGAUGUUUUGUGGUCUACAAUUAUAUCCAAUAAAACUGCAAUCAACUGGACUUAAAUUGUUCAUCCGUGUUCGUGUAGAUAAUUUUCAAAGAAUACACGGUUUCGCCUUCAAUUAUUCAACCCUAUUUGAUGUCAAUGAAUGUGAACUUGGAAUUCACAAUUGCAGUAUUGGAAAAUCGUGUAUAAAUACCAACGGGUCGUUUUAUUGCGGUCAGUGUAUCAUCGGUUAUACUGGGAUGGGAGAAGAAUGCACAGAUAUAAACGAAUGUGAACUUUAUACUGACAACUGCGAUAGUCAUGCAUCGUGUAUUAACACCAAUGGUUCCUUUAAUUGUUUUUGCAACUUUGGUUACGUUGGAGAUGGAGUGACAUGUAGAGAAGUAGAAACCUGCAACAAAACGAUCGAUCUUGGAUUUUUGUUGGACAGUUCUUGGCAUACCCGCGGAAUCUUUUACACGAAGAUGAAGUCUUUCGUAAAAGAUCUUACGGAUCGCUUUAAUGUGUCACAAAAUGGCACGAGAGUUUCAGUGAUGUCAUAUGCGUCAUCGAUAACAUUUGAUAUUCGAUUUUCUCGAGUAUUUCAAACCAGAAGGGAUCUUCAUUCAGCAAUAGAUAGCGUUUCGUUCGCCGGCGGAUUUAUCACUAGAACAGAUUUGGCAUUACGUAUAGCGUACGUUCAUAUGUUUCAUGCAGCAAAUGGUGCCCGAAUUUCAGGUGCAAAGCAAAUUUUGAUAGUACUUACUGCUGGCCAAAGUGUCGGAAGUGUUUACCAGCCCUCACAACAACUCAAAAACAUUGGAGUCAUCAUAUUCUCUGUUGGAGUUUGUUCAGGAGUUGAUGUAUCCGAACUGGAAACAAUGGCUUCCGCUCCAGCAGAAGAUCAUGUUUUCCUGCUGGGCAACUUCAGUGAACUUUCCAAUUUAACGCAAAAAAUGGCUUCAUCGACGUGCAAUGCGACCUACAGGCCACCCUUUACGACAUCAGCGCCAGAUCCAUGUGGAAGACGUCAACUGUAUCCUCCAGGAACUCUCACAAGUCCUCUUUAUCCUCUUUCAUACCCUAACAACAUGGAUUGCAGUUGGACUAUUUCUAGCACCAAUGGUAGAAAUAUUUUACUGCAGUUUUCAUUUUUCUCGCUGGAAAGUGCUUCCAGUUGUGUAUAUGACUAUUUGGACGUUUAUGACGGAGAUUCAGCUACUGCGACGAGACUAGGCAGAUUCUGUGGAAACCAAUUACCAAGAAGCCUGGUAUCAUCUGGACCAAAAUUGUUCAUGGUAUUUCAUACGGAUUUCUCUGUCACAAAACAAGGAUUUGCUUUGAACUAUACAACCACAUUUGACUUAUGCGGAGAAAGUCAUCUAUAUCCUCCUGGUUCACUCCAGAAUCCACCGUACCUUCUUCAAUACCCUUACAACAUGCACUGCAGUUGGACUAUCACUAGCACAAAUGGAAGAAAUAUUCAAUUGAAAUCUUUAUUCUUCAUGCUGCCAUAUUCUUCUGGUUGUCUUCUGGACUAUUUGGACGUGUAUGACGGCGAUUCAGCCAGUGCGCCAAGAUUAGGGAGGUUUUGUGGUCUACAAUUAUUUCCAAUAAAUCUGCAAUCAACUGGGCUUAAAUUGUUCAUCAGUUUUCGUCUGGAUAAUUUUCAAACAAUACACGGAUUCACCUUCAACUAUUCAACCCUAUUUGAUGUCAAUGAAUGUGAACUUGGAAUUCACAAUUGCAGUAUUGGAAAAUCGUGUAUAAACACCAACGGGUCGUUUUAUUGCGGUCAGUGUAUCAUCGGUUAUACUGGGGUGGGAGAGGAAUGCAUAGAUAUAAACGAAUGUGAACUUGAUACUGACAACUGCGAUAGUCAUGCAUCCUGUAUUAAUACAAAGGGUUCCUUUAACUGUCUUUGCAACUCUGGCUACUUGGGGGAUGGAGUGACAUGUCAAAACAUCACAACCUGUCCGAAAAGAAUUGACCUUGGGUUUAUGCUGGACAGCUCUGGUAGUAUCGGGUCAUCUAAUUUUAAUAAAACAAAAUCUUUUAUAAAAGAUAUUACUGAUUAUUUCAACAUUACGCCAAACAACACAAGAGUGGCAGUCAUGUCUUACGCGACACUUUCCACUGUGCACUUUCCAUUUUCUCGAACGUUUGUCUCCAGACAAGAUCUUCACUUAACAAUAGACAGCAUUCCGUACAGUAAAGGAGGUACUAACACGGCUCAAGCAUUGAUCAAAGCUUAUGAAGAAAUGUUUAAUGGCUCCCAAGUUUCAGGAGUAAAGAAAGUUUUGAUAGUUUUUACUGAUGGUCAAAGCAGUGGAAAUGUUUCUCAACCUGCCCAACAACUGAAAAACAUUGGCGUCAUCAUAUUUUCCAUUGGAAUUGGCUCAGGAAUUGAUGUUUUGGAACUGAAAACAAUGGCUUCUCCUCCUGUAGAUGAUCAUGUUUUCUUGUUGCACAACUUUAAUGAAUUCUCGUCCUUGGUUCAGAAUCUGUUAUUCUCUGUUUGCAAUGAUAUCAAUGAAUGUCAAACAAAUCCUUGUGAUAUAAAUGCAAAUUGUACCCAUGUAGAUGGUUCGUAUGAAUGUACCUGCCACGAGGGCUAUGAAGGAAACGGCAUAAAUUGUACAGAUGUGAAUGAAUGCGAAGACAAUCCUUGCCAUGUGAAUGCAAAUUGCACUACUAUUAAUGGAUGGUAUGAAUGUAACUGUCACGAAGGAUAUGAAGGCAAUGGCACCAGCUGUACAGAUAUGGAUGAAUGCAAAACUAAUCCUUGUGAUGUAAAUGCAAAUUGUACAAAUGUAGAUGGUUCGUAUGAAUGUACCUGCCACGAAGGUCAUGCAGGAAACGGCAAAAAUUGUACAGAUGUCAAUGAGUGCGAAGACAAUCCUUGCGAUGUAAAUGCAAAUUGCACCACUGUUAAUGGAUGGUAUGAAUGUAACUGUCACGAAGGAUAUGAAGGCAAUGGCACCAGCUGUACAGAUAUCGAUGAAUGCGAAACAAAUCCUUGUGAUGUAAAUGCAAAUUGUACAAAUGUAGAUGGUUCUUAUGAAUGUACCUGCCACGAAGGUCAUGCAGGAAACGGCAAAAAUUGUACAGAUGUCAAUGAGUGCGAAGACAAUCCUUGCGAUGUAAAUGCAAAUUGCACCACUGUUAAUGGAUGGUAUGAAUGUAACUGUCACGAGGGAUAUGAAGGCAAUGGCACCAGCUGUACAGAUAUUAAUGAAUGCGAAACUAAUCCUUGUGAUGUAAAUGCAAAUUGUACAAAUGUAGAUGGUUCGUAUGAAUGUACCUGUCACAAGGGCUAUGAAGGAAACGGCAAAAAUUGUACAGACGUCAAUGAGUGCGAAGAUAAUCCUUGCGAUGUAAAUGCAAAUUGCACUACUAUUAAUGGAUGGUAUGAAUGUAACUGUCACGAGGGAUAUGAAGGCAAUGGCACCAACUGUACAGAUAUCGACGAAUGCGAAACAAAUCCUUGCGAUGCAAAUGCAAAUUGUAAAAAUGUAGAUGGUUCGUAUGAAUGUACCUGCCAUGAGGGCUAUGAAGGAAACGGCAAAAAUUGUACAGACGUCAAUGAAUGCGAAGAAAAUCCUUGCGAUGUGAAUGCAAAUUGCACCAAUAAUAAUGGAUGGUAUGAAUGUAACUGUCACGAGGGAUAUGAAGACAAUGGCACCAGCUGUACAGAUAUCAAUGAAUGCGAAAAAUAUCCUUGCGAUGAAAAUGCGAAUUGUACAAAUGUAGAUGGUUCGUAUGAAUGUACCUGCCAUGAGGGCUAUGAAGGAAACGGCAAAAAUUGUACAGAUAUCAAUGAAUGCAAAACAAAUCCUUGUGAUGAAAAUGCAAAUUGUACAAAUGUAGAUGGUUCGUAUAAAUGUAUCUGCCACAAGGGCCAUGAAGGAAACGGGAUGAAUUGUACAGACGUCAAUGAGUGCGAAGACAAUCCUUGCGAUGUAAAUGCAAAUUGCACCACUAUUAAUGGAUGGUAUGAGUGUAACUGUCACGAGGGAUAUGAAGGCAAUGGCACCAGCUGUACAGGUACAUAA